ACGGCGCGAGGAGGAGGAGGAGGAGGAGGAGGAGGAGGAGGAGGAGGAGGAGGAGGAGGAGGAGGGAGGCCGUGCGAGGCCGUGCGAGGCGGCGCCGCUGGGUCAUGUUUGUGUUUGAGGCUGUCAAGUGAAGGAGGCUCCCGGCCUCCCCCCCAUCCCCCCCCCCGUCCCCCCCCCCGCCGGCCUCCCCGCCGCCAUCAGCCUCUGCCAGCAUGCGGAUUAAUUUACCCCUUUGACAAGUUUAUGGCGCUGCCAUCUCUCUGCUUGCUGUACUCUUCGUUUCUGAGAGGAAAAAGUGGUAUAAGAGAUUAGAGGAAAAUGCCGCGGACAAAGCAGAUACAUCCAAGAAAUCUGAGAGACAAAAUUGAAGAAGCACAGAAACAACUUAAUGGAACAGAAGACCAACAGAGAGAAAUCACAGAUGCUAGUACUAGAGGAAACCCAGAUACAAUUAAGGGUGUGAAAAGAAAAAAGAUUGUGACUGAAAACCAUCUAAAAAAAAUACCAAAAUCGCCUUUGAGAAACCCCACAGAAUCCAAGGUUAAACAAAAUGUAGACCUUCCACCACUAAAAGUUCUUCCGGAUGCCUCAGAACAUGCCACGGCACAGGACCACGUACCUGUGCAAAAUGGAAGUCAAUGUACCAAACAAAACGGGGGAGCGCUUAGUAGUGAGAUAAGUGCUGAAACAACCAAAUCUGAGAUACUGAUGCAGACAAAGCCUUCAUUGACACAUCAGUCCCUAGACUUGAGUAAACAGGCAGUAGAGGAUUCUGAUGCGAGCCAGUUGAGCUCACCAGAGAAGUCUCUCUCCAACUCCUUACCAAGUAAAACAAAGACUGACAGUAAUGAAUGUAUUACUUUUGUUGAUGGUAGUACGUCAUCCCCAUGUACACGUACUGCAUUCGAUGUCUUGUUAAAAGCUAUGGAGCCUGAACUGAACAUCUUAGCACAAGAGUGCCCCCAUUAUGGGGUGCAGAUAGAGAAACUGAGACCAAAUAAAAUUGUAAGCACCUCUCCUAGUCUCACGUCCAAUACAAUGAGUGUCCAAAACCAGCCUGCUUUGUCUCAGCAUGAGUUUACAGCUGGACCUCACUAUUUCCCAUGUACAUUGAACAACGUGCAUGUAGCAACAGCUGCCAAGAGUGGACAAACACAGGUCCAGUCGGUUUCUCGUUCACAAGACCUUGUUACUGAAACCAGCCAUCAAAAUCACCAGGUUGUUAUGUGUCCAAAUUUCACAGGUUCCGUGGUGCAACAGCAGAGUCAAGAAAACGCCAAGCUCCAGCAGACAUACAGCAUAGCAGUAACUUCCUCUGGUGUUCACACCUCAUCUUCCACUGUAACUCAGGUUUUUCCUCAAAAUCAGUUAGUAGCUAGUUCAUCUUCACCUUUGUCAGUUAACACACCUAGUUCAACACACUUGUCUAUAGGUCCCAUGUAUAAUUCAGCCCAGAUAGCAUCAGUUGUAAACCAUGGCGUAGAACAAAUAUGUAACCUCUUGAAAGACCAGAAACCUAAAAAGCUGGGGAAGUACGUCUGUGAGUAUUGCAAUCGGGCCUGUGCCAAGCCCAGUGUUCUCCAAAAGCACAUCCGAUCCCAUACUGGAGAGCGACCGUAUCCUUGCAUUACAUGUGGGUUUUCAUUUAAAACUAAAAGUAAUUUGUACAAGCACAAAAAAUCCCAUGCACAUGCUGUCAAACUUGGACUUGUCCUACAGCCAGAUGCUGGUGGUCUCUUCUUAUCUCAUGACUCAGACAAAGCACUUAGCAUUCAUUCAGAUGUGGAAGAAAGUGGUGAAAGUGAAGAUGAAGGCACUGCUGAUGAAAGACAAGAUGAUCAAGAACUGGAACCUGCACAAAUAGUGAAAGUCAUUUCAAGUGCAGAAGCCGUAUGGAAGGGAAGCCCUGUUCCACUAAGUAACCCAGAUUGUAUCCCAAGUGAUUCUUCAUUACACAAUACAGAACCACAAGUAAGGGCAGCUUUACCAAAAGUAGUGGUUCACGCUGUAAAUGUUUCUCCGUUAAGGGCCGAUAGCCCCAAAGUAACAGAUCUAGCACCUGAGCUUGCUGCAGCACAGAGAAAAGGAGAUUUUAAAGUGACAAAUCUUCAGUCAAAUUUAACACAUAAGGACUCAUUAAAAGAAAAUGACAUAAAACAAAAUCAGAAAACAGAACUGGGCCUAUUAGAGGAGCAGCUGGGAUCUGCAGUAGGAGUUGUGCACGCUCAGCUUCAGAGACAACAGGCAACCGAUUGUUCCCAGGAGCAGCAAGGAAAAUGCCUUCUGAGCCCUAGAAGUUUAGGUAGUACUGAUUCUGGUUAUUUUUCUCGUUCUGAAAGUGCUGAUCAAACAAUGAGCCCACCAGCUCCUUUCGUAAGAGGAUUAUUGCCCUCUGAAAAAGAUUCAAAUAAAAAUUUGCCCUGUGUACCAAGAGCAAGUGGAAUGGUAGCAUCAGUGGUACAAACAGUUUGUACCGAGAAAAAUUUGAUUCUCUCUGGCCAAAUGCGACCUCCCAUGGCAACAAAAACCCUCGAGGAGCGUAUCUCAAAGUUAAUUUCUGAUAAUGAAGCUGUUGUGGAUGACAAACAGUUAGAUAGCGUGAAACCAAGAAGAACAUCUCUUUCGAGAAGAGGAAGCAUAGAUUCACCAAAAUCCUACAUAUUUAAGGAUUCUUUCCAGUUUGAUUUAAAGCCUAUGGGAAGAAGAACUAGUUCAAGCUCUGAUAUACCAAAGUCUCCUUUCACACCCACUGAGAAAUCAAAGCAAGUUUUUCUUCUCUCUGUACCAUCCCUUGACUGUUUGCCUAUAACACGAAGUAAUUCCAUGCCUACUACCAGUUAUUCAGCAGUACCUCCAAAUGUAAUACCUCCCUCUCAUCCACUUAGAGGAAGUCAGUCAUUUGAUGAUAAAAUCGGUUCUUUAUACGAUGAUGUUUUUGUAUCAGGACCUGCUGCUCCACUGAACCAAGGUGGACAUCCUCGGACCCUUGUUAGACAGGCAGCAAUAGAAGAUUCUUCUACUGGUGAAAGCCAAGUUCUUGGAUCAGUGCGACCUGCAGAAGAAAGUUAUCUGGGAUGUAAUUUAUCAAAUGAAUCUUCAUUGCUAAGGAACAAGUUCCUGGCACAGGGAUCAAACUUAGAAAAAACUAAGAAGUCCCCUCAGGUGCGAGGAACAAUGUUUGAGUGUGAAACCUGCAGAAACAGGUAUAGGAAACUGGAAAACUUUGAAAACCACAAGAAAUUUUACUGUUCAGAGUUGCAUGGACCUAAAACUAAAGCUGCAAUCCGAGAGCCUGAACAUAAAACUGUUCCAAAUAGUACACAACCUCAAAUUCUGCACUACAGAGUCACUACUUCAACUGGCGUCUGGGAACAGACUCCACAAAUAAGGAAAAGAAGGAAAAUGAAAAGUGUUGGAGAUGAUGAUGACCCACAACAAAACGACACAAGCACACCAUCAAAGAAUGCGGAAUGCCAAAGUAAGCCAGCAAUUUCUUCCAGUCAGUCAAAACUCAGUGCAUCAGUAGUAGGUUUGCAACAGCCAAGCAACCUUCUACUUCGAAGUUCACAAAUUCAGCUUGUGGCUCGAGGCACAGAUCUGACAACAGAGCCAAAGAUGUCUCCGCUCAUUGAAAAGCAGACAAGUUCAGUUAUGCAAGAAAAGGUGGAGUUGAAAAGACAAGGGACUGGUAUUUCAGUAAUACAGCAUACCAAUUCACUGAGCAGAAAUAGCUCAUUUGAGAAAUCGGAGUCAUUUGAAAGAGUAUCACCAGUUUCAUCUCAAGAGCCCAACAAGGUUGCAAAACACCGCUCUUUGAAUGCAGUUGCAGUCCAAGAGGAUAGACACUGUCGUCUGAAUACUUCCCAGCAUCAUCAGUCACUGACAUUAGAAGCAUCUAGAGGGGAAGUGCAGGGAAGCCAAGUAGUUUCUAAUGAGAAGAACACACCACUUCAGACAUCAAGACUCGUUCGCCAGCAUAACAUCCAGGUUCCUGAAAUACUGGUCACAGAAGAACCAGACAGGGAACAAGAAAACCAGUGCAGCGAUCAGGAAAAGACAGAAAGAUUUAAUUGGCCACAGCGCAGUGAAACACUGUCAAAAUUGCCAACAGAAAAACUUCCACCGAAGAAGAAAAGAAUUCGCUUGGCCGAAAUGGAGCACUCAUCUGCUGAAUCGAGCAUUGACUCCACUCUUUCCAGAAGUCUAAGUCAAGGGAGUAGUUUGUCUCAUGCCUCCAGUUUCUCAGUGUCUCUCGAUAAAGAUGAGAUUUCAAAGGUGGACAAUCCUUCUAAAGCAGAACUUAUUAGUAAGUCGUCAGAAUUCCUUAUGAUUCCCACUGGCUCUCAUGUGCUGGGCAUGCCUGGCCUGCAUUACAGGGAAAUGAGGCGUGCUGCGUCAGAGCAGAUCAGCUGCACGCAGCCCUCGAUGGAGGUUGUAGACUACAGGAGUAAGUCUUUUGACUGUGGAAGCAUAUCUCCAUCGAAACCUGCCUCACUUGUAGAGAUAGCUGCUCCAAAACUGUCAUCUGGAAAUGGAGUUACUGGACAUGUGCCUCUGCUAGAAAGAAGGAGGGGACCAUUUGUAAGACAAAUAUCUUUAAAUAUUGCUCCAGAAAAUCGUCCAGUUAAAUUGACUUCUUUGUUUCAGACAGUUCAUACUACAGAUGUGCCAUUUCACAGGCUGCAGACCUCCAGCAAAUCCUCAGUGGAGUUUCCUUUAAGUACACAGCAUUCUCAAACUCACUCCAGGCCUCACUCAGCAAUUCAAAAUUCUAAUCCCAUUAACCUGUCUUCAGUUCAGCAGCCUCUAGAUCAUGUUUUGAAUAAUCAAAGACAGCAAUCUUCAAUGCAUCAGCCUUCCCAGACUUCUACUAAAACAUCAACCCAAGGGGAACGAGUGAAUUCAUACACACUUUCUUGUCACCCUGAUGAACAAAAGGAUUGUUUUGCUCCGAAGUAUCAACUCCAAGUUAAAACAUUACAUAUAGGUCAGCCAUACUCUUCUAAAUUGCUAAAAAAUAGUCUAUCAAGUCAGACUGUCCCAAGUCAAGCUGGAGUGGACCAGAAUGCAUCCUCCUUUGAGCUGCAGGCUAAACUGUCUGACAAUAUGUCUAAUCCUUAUUCUGUGCCUCCUCUAAAACAAAUUGUCCCUAAUAACUGCAGCAGUCAGAUACAUCAGAUUCCUCCUUUUGUAGUUCCUGUCCGUAUUUACAGUGGCAUCCCAUCCUAUGGCUUUGCAACCGUUACACCCCUUCCUCAAAUUUUAGUGACUCAGGAUCAGGUAAACCAAUCUAUUUGCAAAACAAAUGCUGUGAGAGUGCCAACGCUUGAAGGCAAAACUCAGCUGCCAAAAUCUCACAAAGAUCAGAGAACUUUGCCAAAUUCAUUUGAGUUUGAAAAUUCAAUACCAGAAAGUGGAACCAGAAAUUCACCUUUGUCAAGCUCUUUGAAUAUUAUUCAGAAAGUGCCAGUUAGUGGACUCUUCCCUCAACAAGAAGCUACACCUUCAAGUAAACGAAUGCUUUCCCCAGCCAACAGUUUAGAUAUUGCCAUGGAAAAACAGCAAAAACGUGUUAAAGAUGAGAGUGGAGCUGCUUGCAUGACCGAUGCCAGACCAUUACAUUCACUGAGCGUUCGAUCUAAUGACCUGGCUAAUAAGCAAAAGAAACCAAUCUUGGUGAGACAGGUUUGCACCACAGAGCCUCUUGAAAAUCACCUCCUAGAUCCUGAUGGUGUUGCACAGAAUGAAAAAAGCAGCAAAGCUAGUAUUUCAGACAUGCUGUUGCCUGACCGUCAUUCAUCUGAAACUGGGGUUUCAGAAACCCUGAGGGAGUCACCAGAAUCUGAAGACAUGAAGUCUUCAGCAUCACCAGCGUUUGCAGUUGGAAAACCAUCUGAACUGUCUCCAGUGAGUAAUCAGAAUUCUCUUUUAAAGGCUGUAGGCAACAGUCAAGAAAGAAGAUCCCCAAGUAGUAGUCAUGAGAGCAAGCAAAUCAAUAGCCAGAGUCAAGCAAAGCCUCUAACCAUGCUGGCUGCGGUGAAUACAGGAGAAAUGCAGAGGUUGUCAUUUCCAAGCCUCAAGACCUCAACGAGCUUUACCUGGUGUUUUCUCCUGAAGAGGAAACCGUUACAUCUGCUGCAAAAUGAUCAGAAAAUUUCAGCCUACUCUACAUGGACCAUUAGUCCCAACAAUCCUAAUCCACUUGGUUUGUCAACAAAGGUAGCUCUUUCUCUCCUCAACUCAAAACAGAAAGUUGAAAAACCGCUAUACACUCAAGCAAGAACUACUCAUCCCAGGUCUGAUCUACUGGUCUAUUCAAGCAAGUGGAAGAACAGCUUAACGAAGCGAGCAUUAAAUAGAAAAAAAAUGACUGCAUCUGAAUUCAGCAAUAAGGAAAACUCUGAAUCAAGUACUGAGCAUGAUAAAGAAAAUUCCUUUAACAAAACUGAACCAAGAAGAGUGAAAAUAUUUGAUGGAGGGUACAAGUCAAAUGAAGACUAUGUGUAUGUUCGGGGGAGAGGAAGAGGGAAAUACAUCUGUGAGGAAUGUGGAAUACGUUGCAAGAAGCCCAGUAUGCUGAAGAAGCAUAUUCGCACACAUACAGAUGUCCGUCCUUACCAUUGCAAUUACUGCAACUUCUCCUUCAAAACUAAAGGAAAUCUGACAAAACAUAUGAAGUCAAAAGCACAUAGCAAGAAAUGCAUGGAUUUGGGAGUCUCAGUAGGCUUAAUAGAUGACCAAGAUGGAGAAGAAGAAUUUGGUGAGAAACAAAGAUUUGGCUGUGACCGGUCAGGGUUUGAUGCAGAGGAGUCUGAUGGUGCAGAUGAAGAUGAAAAUGAUAAUGAAGAUGAUGAUGAAGACAGCCAAGCCGAGUCAGUCCUAUCCACAACUCCCUCAGUGACAGCCAGCCCCCAGCAUCACCCCUCUCGACACAGCCUGCAGGAUGCCACAAGUGCUGAUGAAGAUACCAGACUGCCAGACUGCUUUGCUGGGGUUCACACAGACUCAAUGGAUAGUCUACCGAAAGCACUGCUGACGAAGAUGACUGUCCUUAGCACGGUGCAGUCAAUUAGCAGGACCUCCAGGUCGCCAGCAGAGUUCUCCCACCAGGAAGCACAUGAGGGUAAAGCCCAGGAGAGAGGAGCAGGUCCCCACAAUGCUAGUGCUGCGCUGGCAGAUGUUGCUCCUACAUCUCCAGGUCACCAGAUGUCUGUGGAUUACCCUGAUCCAGAAGCAGCUAUGGGCCACUCCUUAAUAUCAACUGCAGUUCUUACAAAGAGCACGCCCUCCACCAGCUCCCCCUCAUCACCCACAGACCGGGGCGUGCGGACCACAGUGGCAUCGCCCUGCACUGAAAUUCCAGAAGAGAAGCCGCCCAGGUGCCCGCCACGUGCUGCCGAGUUGAGGGCUCCCCAGACCCACCUCUUCAGCCACCUCCCGCUGCAUUCGCAGCAGCAAGCCAAGGCGCCCUACAGCAUGGUACCGGUAGGGGGGCUUCAGGUGGUCCCCGCCGGCCUGGCCACCUACUCCACCUUCGUGCCAAUUCAGGCAGGGCCAGUACAGCUCACCAUUCCCGCUGUCGGUGUAAUCCACAGAACUACAAGCGCCCUCGGCGAGGCGGGUUGCGCUACUUCUAGCACUGCCACGAAUCCCGUCGGGGUUGCUGAAGUGAACAGCGUCGUGCCAUGUAUUCCCAUCGGACAGAUCAACGUGCCAGGCAUCCAGGGUCUCAGCACGCCCAGCUUGCAGCCUCUUCCACCCCUCAGCAUGGAGAAGGUGAAUGUCUUAGGCCUGACAAAUACGAACAUAGCCCCCCAGAUGCGCCCUCCAGGAAUUACUCUGAAUGCUGUGGGCCUCCAGGUUUUGGCCGCCAGCGCUGCCCCGCAGGGCAACCCCAGCCCUCAGGCACACAUCCCGGGCUUGCAGAUACUGAACAUCGCCUUGCCUGCCCUCAUCCCCUCCGUCAGUCCGGUCAGCGCAGAUGGGCAGGGAGCCUCUGAAACACCAGCCACAGGCAGCAAAGCCGGUGACGUUCCGCAAGAGCCGGCUCCUGCCAGCUUCCCCACCAUCAGCCAGGUGGCCAGGGCUGCUUCUCCUCAGGUGGUCCCCAGUGGCCAGUGGUACAGCGGGAAGAGCCUUGCAGAGCCUGCCUCUGCGAGUGACUACGAAAGACUCAACAGGCCAGGGAAAGCAGAUGCUGAAAAGACUGACCUCGCAAACCAUGUCAAGCCAAAGUGCAACAUCUCUUCAGUUCAGGUCAAAAGGGCUUCCCCGGCAGAGCCCUGCUUAAAGGUGAAUUCUGACGUUUUGAGCAAGUCCCCGGUCCAUCAAACUGUCUCUCCGGAUAGACAGGUACACAGGCCGACAGCAUUGCCCCGGAGGCAAAAUACGGUGCAGUUUAGUGAUGGCAGCAGUGACGAUGAGGAUAGACUUGUAAUAGCAACCUAGUUUUUGUUUUCCAUUAUUAUUAUUUUUAUAACACUUACAGGUUUCUUUGCAAACCUUCCUUUCCUUAAAGCACAUUUUUCUGACACAAACUCAUUACUAAUCUUUGUGCAAUCAUGAACUCUUGACCAAUAAUUGUUGUUUCUUGUCAGCUCCAGCCAUUUUUGUACAUGUUGUAUAGACAAUUGUGCCUUUUUGGAGUUUUAUGUUUAGAAACUUGUACAGAUUGUUGAAUAUAUAUAUAUAUAAUAUAUAUAUAUAAAAUAUGUAUAUUAAAACCAGGUAGUUGCUUGUGUUUAGUAAGUAAACAUCUUAUGUCAGAUAAAUAAAGGAUUAAAUUAUAUGUUGCACUGUUAAAUGUAAAUUUUUAUGGCUGUGGGACAAAGUUUCUGUGUACAGAUCUAGUAUGUAAAACUCCAUAUUUAUUGUAUCCAUAUUAGUCUUGGAAAAGGGUCUGUCCAUCUUGUGUAAGACAGUAGCUUUACACUUCAAAGAGAAAUACAGUAUCUGUGUUAUGAAAUAUGACAGUAAAAUUUUGUUUACUGACUUUA